UUAGAAUUGUGUAGUGUGGUGUGAAUUUUUGGUGUGAAAGUGGGGGUAUUUAUAGAUGAAAGAGUGAACUACAUAAAAAGUCCCUGACGUUUCCAAAAGUUUCGCUCUAAACCCCUAACAAAAAAAAAUAUCCCCAGAAGUGUCUAACCUUCAACCUAAUCACGAAUGGGGUUUUUUCAGACGAAAAUACCCUUCAGCCCUAAAAGGGCAUUUCAGUCAAAGCGCAAUUAAUCUGCAGUGGCCACUCUGCAAUGAUGUGACGGCGCACGUCAGCCGUCAGGGGGGUCAGCGGCUGUUCAGUGGACUACCCAUACAAUUGCAACACGUGUUGAAGACUUCCUACGUGAUUUAACAAAACAAGUUUCAAAAACUGCAUACAUUUUCCGGCUCUAAUCAGCAUUAUUGCCGGCUUAUUUUCACUCCCGCCUAAAGUUAUAACAAAAAGGGGAGUUUACCGCCUUAAAACUGCAAACCAUUGUUUUCAUUUCUUCAUUCUCCCUGCUCUCCAUUGCAUGAAUGGCUCCUAAGAGAAAGCGAGCUGGGUCCUCAGGUGCUUCCACAUCACGAAACUCUCGCCGUAAAAGGGAACCAAUACCCCCGCGAUCGCCACCACACCGACCACCACAGAGACAUCCACCUGUGGUCAUUGAUGUGGAAGAAGAAACCUGGGAUAUCCGAGAUCCUGAUCUCGAUUUUUUCGUCCAAGAGGAUGAAUAUAGGGAUGCACCUAGAAAGUUUUCAGUUGCUUUCCAUCAUGGAGGUUCAUUCUUCUCUACGAAUGAUGCGAAAAAGUAUGUUGGUGGGCAUUUGACAUACUUCGAUUUCUGUAACAUAGACAAAUUCCAGCUUAUAGACCUAUCGAGCAUGAUAUUAAGGUUGAAGUAUGAUAGGAAGAUGAUAUGUGAGUUCUACUACUGUGAUCCAAAGUACAGUCAUGACUGCGCAGGGGUUUUAAUCGGAGGCCCGUUGUUGCCCAUUGUUGAGGAUACACAUCUGAAGGAUUUCCUCAAAGUAGCGUCUACAACGACAAAGUUAGUUCACAUCUACGUUGUGGAGAUAACCCGGGCUCAAGCCAUACUGAAAAAAAUGAAGGAAGAAGCGCAAGAGCUUCUUAGUUUCAAGGCGUCUAAACCCCCAGGAGUCAUUAUUGAAGAGAUUGAAGAAGCCACACCGAAUGUGCCAAGGCAAAAGCCUAGACCGAAGAGGAAGCAACGGUCUCAGUUUGAAGGGCAACGGCAGGAGCCUUUAUUGAUUGGCUGGUAUGAUAGGGAUGUUGAGUUCGAGGAAUAUCUUACGAAAAGUUUAGAAGAUGAUCGUGCUAAGAGGAAGAGGGCUGAGGAGGUAGCCAGGCAAAAUUUGGCGAAAGCAUUUGAAGCCGUGUCCCAUGAAGCUCCGGUCUCUGACUUUGUAGCAGAAAAAAUAUGUGUAGUUGACUAUGUUGGACAAGCAGAAGCUGGAGAUGGAGACUCCCAUGCACACGUACAAGAGGAUGUAGCUACAGCUUCAUCUGUUGACCAUUCCAAUCCGAUUGUCGAUUCCCAUGUACAAGUAGCAGAGGAUGUAGCUACAGCUUCAUCUGUUGACCAUUCCAAUCCGAUUGUCGAUGUCGCUGAACAGGCGACUGAGUCUGAAUCUGUAGUUCACCAACCAUCUUCGGUCGGGCCAGGAGCAUUUGUACAAGAAGAUGUGUACCGACCGGUAUUGGAUGAUGGUAGUCAGCCGAUCAUUGAGGACAUUACUCAUGAAUUGUUCAUGCACGAAGCUCACACCCAAGUGCAAGAGCCAGCUCCAGCUGAAGCAGCGUGUGCAGAACCCGUACCGGUGGUAGGAGAUGUACCCCAACAAGCUGAUGAAAGUGUUUUUUGUCCGUCAGCCGAUUAUGUUCCCGACGGAUGUCAUCUUCAUAACGAGGGCAGUACCGACAAAGAUGAUGAUAAUGAUGUUGGCCACUUUAUCUCGUUGGCCAACAUGUGUCGUGAUGAACAAAUGUUUAUACGACAGUGUUCCAAAAACCAUAUUCUCGAAUCAGAUUUCGCCAGCGGAACUUCAAAUUCUUAUUUCCAAAAUUCUUCCUCAUCGCUUGAAAAAAAAGUGGUACCAUUAAAUUAAGAAAAAAAUUACAAAGCACAAAAAUAAGAUUACAAUUUUCAGCAUUCGGGACGUUUUUUUGGUUCUAAGAAGUUCUGAAGUAAGACCUGCACACUCGUCAGUCAUCAUGGUCAAUUUUGCCUUCAGAUCUGCACAUUCAUCACUUUUGAUGCGAAAUUUGGCUUCAAGAUCACCAUGCACAAUACUCUUCGAUCGGAGUUGUUCUUCAAACCCGUCUCGUUCGAGCUUCAUUCGUUGAAAGUAAGUGUCUUGGCUUGGCGAUAGACCAGCAUCAAACCAACGGAAGAAUCUGCAAUCGUCUUCCUUCCAGAAUGGACACCGAUAGUAACGUCGACCUGGAUUAGCCGACGUCCUAGACGUCACCAGCUCGGCCGCGACAUCGUGACUACAGAGAACAACCGGUGGACGAGACCAAUCCCAAUUGAAACUUGAACCGAACGAUUCCGUACUUGAAGAAGACAUUGCAAGAGCGACCUGAAUUGGAAAUUCAAACCCAAACAUAUUCAAGUUAAUUUAUAUGUCAUUAUUUAUGAAAGUAAUUUCACAAAUAAAAAUGGACCCCACAGCCAGCCUACCAAACAUAACCCCACACAUAACCCCUAAAUUAAAAACGCACAGCGUCAGCUACGAAAUCCAGCCACAUUCAGCAACAAAAUAAGCCAAAAUUGAUCGGACUACAACAAACAUCGCCAUCUCACAGACAAAUAAAAUCCCCAAAACAAACCUCCACCCAGCCAAACAACCAUAAACCCUAAUUUGAAUACACCCAAAUUCCGCUGCAAUAACAGCCCAAUAAAAAUCACCAACACACGGAGGAAUUUCAGUGCGGCAGAAUAAAUUACAUAAGUUGGGCUCUUACAACUGAUGGUUAUAUGGUAGAGUUCAAACGACGAAUGAAUCCCUUGUUGAACCCUUUUUGCGAGAAGGAAGUGAAGAGAGAGAAGGAAGAUGAGAAAUUAUUUCACACUACACUCUUAACUAUAGACAAAGGAACACGGUAGUCUGUGCACAUCAACAUUGAGUUGACCACUGUUGUCUGCAAAAGUAAAUUAUCAACGCAGAGCAGGACUGCUGCGACAGGGAAUGGAAUUGUCUUAAAUGCCCUUCAAGGCAAAAGGGUUUUUGGGUCCGAAAAAUGGCUACAAAUAUCUCAUUCGUGAUUAGGUUGAAGGUUAGGCACUUCUUGGGAUAUUUUUUUUUUGUUAGGGUCUAGAGCGAAACUUUUGGAAACGUCAGGGACUUUUUAUGUAGUU